AUGGACGGUCAAAAGACUCCGUUUGUCAGGGAGCUCGGUUCGAGCGACCGAAAAGUUCGUGACAAGGCGCUUGAGUCUCUAACGAAGUUCGUGCAAUCGCGCAACGAUCUGACCCUCGUGGACCUUCUCAAACUCUGGAAGGGCCUGUUUUUCUGUUUCUAUCACUCCGACCGACCCCUCACACAACAAGCUCUCGCCCGCGCUCUCUCCUACUCUCUCGUCCCUUCCCUUCCUCAAGCAACCCUCCACCGCUUCCUGCGCGCCUUCUGGAUCACCAUCGGCCGUGAUUACCACUCACUAGACCGCCUGCGCCUGGACAAGUACCUGAUGCUCAUCCGUUUCUAUGUCGGCGUGGCAUUUGAAAUUCUUGUGAAGAACUCCUCAGCAAAGAGCGCCGACGGGAAAAAGCGCAAGCGCGAAGACGCGGCCAAAAAGAGUCGCGGCAAGAAGCAAAAGAAGCAGGCUGAGGCUGAGGCCGAGGCUGCUGAAGAGGAGAAGGACGAUGCUGAAGACCUCGAAGCUAAAUACCCCGAUCUCGCGGCUUAUAUCUCUAUUAUCGAGGAGGGACCCUUGUGUCCGCUGAACUACGACGAAGACCAGGACAAGGAAUCCGACGACCCGAAUUACGUCCCCAUGCCCCAUGGACCUGAUGGAUUGCGCUACCAUCUCAUGGAUAUUUGGAUUGAUGAGCUGGAGAAGGGCGAUGUGCCUGUUGAACUUAUCCUGCGGCCAUUGGAGAAGCUGCGUACUGAGAGUCGCUACAAGCCUGUCCGGACGAGGGCCGCUGAGGCUUUGCAAGACGACCGACUGUUUGAGUGGGGCAUUCGGACAAGACCGGUUGAGGAAGAAGAUAGCGAGGAGGAAUGGGGUGGAUUUGACUAA